AUGAAGUAUGUCUAUGAAAUUAUUCAUGCAUGGCUCCCCGAGGCGGGAAAUUUAGUCUGUUAUACCGUGUACAGCGAGACUCAUGGAGUGCUGUAUCCAUUGGUUAAUAAAGUGCUUCAUCUCGACGAUGACGUGCCAAGACUUGUUUUUUGUCAAGAGGUGCUUUGCCCUUUCCAUAAGCUGACAAAUCGCUGGGGGGUAGUUAAUGUCGUUGUACUGCAGCAUCACGGAUCUCUUCUUCCUGGGUACAUACCUUUAAUAGUGCACCGAUCAUCACUGCAAUCCAGAGAAACAUUACAGGAGCAGCUGCGUCAGCUUUGUUGUACCUCCCCUGCGGAGGCCAAUUAUAUGAAAUCACAACUCUUCCUCAACUGUGCCGUUUCUGCCGGACUUAUGGAUUUGUUCUCUUUUUUUGACGCAUGUAACGACGACUCCACGUCCCUUCCUCAGAUUGCUGUAGUUUACCCUGCCUUGGCGCCAGGGGAUUUAGUGCGUGUGGAGAUGAUGGACCGAAUGAGUCGAAGGUUUAGCAUCCAAGGUAUGAUUAAAUGCAGUCGGCAAAAAGACGGUGUACUCUGCUAUGACGUGGAAGAAAUGGCGGUGGGCUGUGUCUUCGAGGGGUUGACAUGUGUUCAAGUGUUACCUUUGUAA